AGCCCCUUGUGAACAAGGAAGUCACUAUAUAAACCUGUGAUGUAUACAUGUUUGGAUUACUUCGUCAUACUAAAGAAGGAAGUAACUCGCGAUAGAUUCGUUAAUAUGGUGAUAUUGGGAAUAUUUGGUGAAUGAUAUAUAUGGUGAUGUAUUUGCGAUUAUACCAUUCAAGAUUCCUUAAUAAGAUAACCGUCAUUAGCUUGGUGCUCGCGAUCAUGACGUCAGGGAAUACGAACGUGAAUAGUCAAGAUGCUGACUGGCCGGUUCAUGAGUUUCGAGGAGUAUGGAUUGCUACCGUUGCUAACAUCGAUUGGCCGUCAUCUCCUCACCUUUCCUCAAGUCAGCAAAAGCAGGAACUUAUAGCAAUGUUUGACAAACUUGAAGAAUUAAAUUUUAAUGCCGUCGUUUUUCAAAUACGAACCUCGGGUGAUGCAUUGUACAGUUCUCAUAUCGAGCCAUGGAGUGCCUAUUUGACUGGCAAACAGGGAGUGCCGCCAAGUCCUCUUUACGACCCACUAGCAUUUGCCGUCACAGAAGCUCACAAUAGAAAUAUGCAGUUACAUGCAUGGUUCAAUCCUUUCAGAGCACGUGCCGGAAGUACACAGAGAUCGGAUUUGGCGGCAAACCAUAUAUCCCAUCGUUUUAGCAGUGCGUGCUAUGCAUAUGGGAAAGACCUCUGGAUGGACCCGGGCGACCCCGGCGUACAGAAUUUUACUUUUAAUGUUUUCAUGAACGUGUUGGAGCGUUACGAUGUUGACGGGAUACACAUUGAUGACUAUUUUUAUCCAUAUCCGGUAGGUGACCAAGACUUCCCAGACGCCAACACAUACCGUCGUUAUGGAGGUAAGAUGUUGCUUUCCGAUUGGAGAAGAGACAAUAUCAACAAACUUGUCAAAAACAUCUCAAAAGGCAUAAAUGCUAGAAAACCCUUUGUCAUGUUUGGAAUUAGUCCUUUUGGGAUAUGGAAACCUGGUCACCCCAGUCAUGUUGUAGGCUUCAACGCGGUUAAUGAAAUUUAUGCAGAUUCACGAAACUGGUUAGAGAAUGGAUGGGUUGAUUACUUUACUCCACAACUGUACUGGCAGAUAGAUCCUCCUGCUCAAAGUUACACGGCCCUCCUUGAUUGGUGGACAGAACAAAAUCAACACAAGAGACACAUAUAUGCUGGUAAUUUUGCUGCAGCCAUAGUAACCAAGUCGUGGCCCGUUACCGAGAUAGAAAGACAAGUUAUUGAAUCACGGGACCGCAGAUCAAAGCAAAGUCUGGGAAAUGUGUUUUUCAGUGCUAAAUAUUUCGUUCAAAAUACAGAUAGGAUAAGCGACAUGUUCAAAUCUCACAUAUACAAUUAUCCUUCCAUUACGCCAGAAAUGACUUGGCUGAAUAAAACUUGGACAUUGCCAACCCCUCAAAAUGUCUUGGCGACCGGGACAGCUGUAACAUGGCAAGCAGAGGAUUCUCCAGCAAUACGGUCCUGGGCUUUAUACAGGGUGUAUGCGGAUGGUUGGCUUCUGGUUAAAGUUUUAAGUAAGAAUGUCACCUCCGUAGACCACUUGAUUGAGGGAAAGUACGCUUUACGUACAGUAGACAGACUUGGUGGACAGGGCGAGGCAGUCACCUUCAUCUUUGGCGGAAUAGGAGCAAGUGUCGUAGGAUAGUACCAAUAUAAGUAGUAGGAUUAUAUCAGUAAAACCGUCAUAUAUCAUAUAUAUUGAAUAGUAAAGAUGUAGAGUUUGUGAUUAUUGCAAUACAUGAAUUGUAUGACGUCAACAUUGUAUGACGUGAACACGAUGAUUUAUCUCCCGGAGGAGAAUACUAUUUAGUACGAAGGGUUAUGGCUAGUUCACCAUUGCAAUAUUUGAUAUAUUUCAAGUGAUUUAUAUUGCCAGACUUCUGUUAUAGUUUAUAAAACUUGUUAAUUAUACUCUUAAUUGCGUGAUGGAUUUGUAUAUAUUCAAAAUCAUGUGAUACAUAAUCGAAAGAUUUUAUUGAUGUGUGAAAACAUUGAGGUUUAUUUUCGAAGGUUUCUAUUCACAUCCAGCGAUUUUUAAAAUUAAAAAAUCUUUCUAUU